AUGGUUGCAACUACUGAGAAAGAAGCUCUGCCCAUUCGAUUAGCAGCGGCUGUCAAGAAUGCUCAGCCAGUUGAUGGCAUCUUUACCUGCACGGAUGACUACCUCGUCGCUGUCGCUCAGACCGCCCAGGAACUUGGUCUACCUACAUCUGGACUCAAGCCUUACACCAUUUCGACAGACAAGUUUCUCACUCACAUGUUUAGCGGUCGUAACGAUGGCGCCACCUUUUCCGUACGAUCAUUGGCAGAAUUGGACGACAAGCUGGCGGAGCACGCGAGCAAAGAAUCAAUGAGUUACCCGAUGGUGUGCAAACCUUCGACCGGCCGCGGCAGUGAAGGAGUCUUUCGUGCUGACGACGCGCUUGAACUUCGUGAUGCCGUGGCUCGUAUUCUUGCCCUCGGUCGCGACUGUCCCAGCGGUGUGGUGAUCGAACCAUAUGUUGAUGGACCUGAGCUGGAUGUGAAUCUUGUCAUGCUUGACGGCCAAGUCUUAUUCUCAGAGGUGGUCGAUGACUUUCCUUCGCCUGCUGAUUACUCAUCCUCGGCCGCCUUCAACGAGACGCAAACCCACGCGCCUUCUGGUCUGCCAAAGGAAGAGCAAAAGCUGGCUGUGGAUGCCAUGGUCGAGGCAGUACUACUUCAGGGGUUUUGUUCUGGGGUGUUUCACUGUGAAGCGAGGGUACGUAACUCUCGCGUCGACUACCGCGAUGAUCCCGACGUUCCGUUCCCGGUGCUUGACUACAAAGAGCCACCAUCUUCUCAACAACAAUCAAUCUUUCUGCACGAGAUCAAUGCACGCAGCCCGGGAAUCGGCAGUUCGACGGCAAGCUUGCACUCGACAGGCGUCGACUAUUUUGCUCUUCAGCUACUGGCAGCAGUAGGGGACUGGGCAAGGUUCGCUGCGUUAUCCACACCCUUCCAGCAUGCACCCACAAACUUCAUCUCUCUUGCCAACGUAGCGGUCGACGUUCCGGCGACGCUACUUACUGAAAUCGUCAAGGUGCCAAAGCUCGAUCAGGAUGUUCGGAUUGCCAUACCUGACGAUGCAUUUCCAAAUCCUCAGCUUCGAGCCAAUCAUUCAUCCUUGAUGCGACACGUCGUCUUCCACACGGCCGUCGUUAGACCCAGCCACUGGUAUGGAGGGGAGGUGGGGUCAUGGAGAUGGUUCAUGACUGGGGUGAUAGUCUCGGGCCGCGGUAGGGAGGAAGCGUUGAUGGCGGUGGCGACUUUUGCGGGGGUAUACCAGAGAUUGCUAGGGGUUGAGUGA